CGAAAUCGCCGAGGUAGAAACAAGACGUCCGGGGCGGGCCUUCUUCCGGCCAAUGCACAAAGUGCUGCCGCUGAUGCUAAAGGGAAACACUGAGCACUAUAUUCCUGUGGUGGUUUCAAUGGGGCCUUACCACCAUGGCAAACCGGAGCUCAGUUUGGCUGAGGGCUUCAAGCCCAAAGCCCUGGAUUUGUUUCUUAUGGGCGGCAGUGACACACUGAAUCUGGAAUUCUACUACGACAUAGUUCUUGAAAUGGUUGGUGAAAUCAGAAACUGUUAUGAACGGCGCUCAGUGGAGCGCUACUCGGAACACGAACUCGCCCGAAUGCUGCUUUUUGAUGCCUGCUUCAUUAUAAUUUACAUGGAGUCGGGCAUACCGGAACCCGUACCGGAACCAGGCAUGUACGGGCCACAGACAUUGAAGGCGCACAGGGGGAUGACUAUGGGUCAACAUCUCGGCCUCGCGACCUUGGCAAACGUGCUUCGUGACAUGUUUCUGCUUGAGAAUCAGAUCCCGUUCCGGGUUGUCAAGCGUCUGGUGGAUUUGAGAUUCGGGGAGGCUGAAGGCGAAAUGCUACUUAACAGGUUCUUGAAUGGGUGCGUUUUUGGGGAGUUUGAACCAAACAAAAAUAUACUAGUGAAAAAUAUGAAGGACCCUCUCCAUCUACUUGAAGCCUUCCGUCAGUUACUUGUCUCUGAUAGCGUUGAACCUAAGAAACAUCGUACAUGUUUCAACUGGAAAUGGCUAUGUUGCUUUAAAGUUGAACAAGAGCCCCAUGGUAGUCCACCAAUUAAUGCAGAAAUCGGCUUUAAUGGAUCUACUGUUGGUGAUCUAGAAACUGGUCGGAAUCUACAAAACAAUGCUGAUCUAGCAAACCGUCUUGGUCCAACAGCCAAUGCUAAUCUAGCAACUGCUGUCAGUUCAGCUACAUCAUCAAUACACAACAAAUUCCUCUGCUGCUCUACUGUUCAAGAAACUCACGGUAAUUCUACGCUCUCAAUACACAACCAAUUGCUCUGCUGCACUACAGUUGAAGUAACUCAUGAUAAUCAAGCAACCAAUACGAACCAGAACACCAGUGUUGAUCCAAGAACCCGUGCUGAUCAACCGUCUUCUAAUCCAGUAACUGAUAUUGGUCCAAAAAUGGGUGUUGAUCGAACAACCAGUCGAUGCUCUCAUAUCUUGAACUUCCUUUCUCGGAUAGUUCACAGGGGAGUAACUAGAGAAGGAUCUAAAGUUGUUCACACCAGAAACAUGAGAAAAUAUGUCCAUUCAUUUCGUUCAGCUACAGCCCUCAAGGCGAAGGGCAUCUACUUCAAGCCUAGUUCAUCUCGAUCUUUCAAGGAUGUCAACUUCAACUCCUUUUUCAUUUAUGCACAGCUUAAGCUUCCAACGUGGGCCGUUUCUAUAUACACCAUGGUUUUCUUCUUGAACAUGAUCGCAUAUGAGAUGAGCCCGAACAAUGUUAAUAAUUUUCUCGUGACAUCAUACAUCAAUCUCAUGAAGUCACUAAUUGAGAGCACGGAGGAUGUGAAAGAGUUGCGGGAACAGAAAAUCCUAUAUAACUUGCUCGGUAGUGAUGAGGAAGUUAGGGACGUGUACAAAAAUAUCAAGACCUAUGCCGAUCCACCAGCUUUCCAUCACUUGAAGGAGAAAAUUCAAGCGCAUUACAAUAGCUAUAUGAAAACAUGGAUAGCUGAGCUGAUUCACACACAUUUUCGAACUCCAUGGACUGUCCUAGGUUUGCUUGCUGCAAUGGCUGUUCUUGCUAUAGCUUCUACUAAUCUCGUUUACUCGAUACGUAAUAAAUCCAAAAACUGAAAUCAAUCUAUAAGAUCUCGAUACAAGUUAUGAGGAUGUGUGUGUGUAAUGUAUUGUAAGAUAAAGGAGAUGUGGUUGAUACAAGUUAUAAGGGCUCGAUACAAGUAAUGAGGAUGUGUAUGUGGUGUGUGUGUGUAAUGUAUUGUAAGAUAAAGGAUAUGUGGU